AUGGCCCAGGCGGGGGGCCCUGUCCACUUCCACCCCGAGGAGGCCUGCGCCACCUCGCCCCUGCCGUUCGUCCGCGGGGUGGACCGGAGCCUGGAGCUCGUGGGGGACGUUGGACCCCCCCAGCCCUCGCCCCUGCCCCAGCAGCAGCUCCUGCGCACACUGAAGCUGGAGGCCUCUGCGUCCGACCCACUCCUGGCUGGGGGCAGGACCUCAGGGGGAAUGCAUCCCUGUGGGAAGGAGUCCUGCACCCUCGACGCCGACUGCCUCUGCCACUCCCUCACCAACGGGCUGCCGGAGGACUUCCCCGCCUUCGCCAGGAGCCCCCCAAAGCCGGAGCCUCGAGCCCAGGGCAGCGCGUGGCCAUACCCCCGGCAGAGCUCGGCCCAUGCCCAGCGCAUCGCCAGGGCCAAGUGGGAAUUCUUCUAUGGCUCCUUGGACACCCCGAAGACAGGCUCCUCUGCCCCUGACUGCGCUCCCCUGGCCGAGUCCCCCCAGAAGCCCGUCUGCCCGCUGCCCGCUGAGCCGCCGGGGUCGGUGCCCAAGCACAGCCUGAGCCACGUAGAGGUGGAGAUAGAGAUGUCUCCUCCGGGCAGCCAGAAGCCCGGCUCCUGUGAGACUGGGAUUAUAAGGAGGACAGUGAAGUACUCUGAGACAGACCUGGACACCGUGCCACUGAGGUGCUAUCGAGAAACCAACAUCGACGAUAUCCUGGCCGAGAAGGAGGAGGUGGAUUCGGCGAUUGAGAGCCAGAAGGACAGCGAGAGCAACCCAAGCUUCGGGGGCACCCCGGGCAGGAGGAACAGCACACCGGAGGAGCCCCCCGCCCCGGGCACUGGCUGCCCGAAGGAUGGCCUGGGGGAUGGGGACGCAGACGAAGACAAUGAGGUGUUUGAGGCGACGAGGAAGGAGAACAGGGAAAGGUGAGGCUCUGCAGGCGGGGAGCAUUUAGACACACAGGGUAUGCUCAAGUCUCCAGUGCCCUUCCUUCUAGGGCACAGCCUCUCCAAGGAUGGCAUGGACUCUUUCAGCAAGCAUUUUGAGAGCAUCAUGGAGUCCCAUCGAGCCAAAGGCACAUCUUACACCAGCCUGGACUCCAUUGACAUCCUCUCCUCCCCAGCCCGCACCCAUGGGACCUUUUUCACUUUUGACCUCCCAACCCUCACCCCAGAAAUACAGGGACAGAUCCAAGACAGCGCCAAGCUGAUCGAGGAGAACUUUGCUCCUCUGGCUCAUUUGGAGCCGGACUCUGGGACCAGUUCAGCCACAGAUGCCCCCUGGACGGAGAGGGAGGAGGAGCGGGGGAGACGAAGGAAGGGUGCUCAGCACAGCCCUUGCCACUCAGAGGACAGCUUUGGUACUCGCUUGGCCUCCAACAUGAGUGACCACCCCCUGAGCCAGCUGGUUUUGGACUCAGACUCGGAGAUGGACAGCGUGGAGCAGCUGGCCCUGGGCAGCACGGACACCCUCUCCAACGGGCACAAGGCUGACCUGGAGGCUGCCAAACGCCUGGCCAAGAGGCUCUACAACCUGGAUGGCUUUAAAAAAGCAGAUGUGGCCCGUCACUUGGGGAAGAACAACGAGUUCAGCAAGAUGGUGGCAGGAGAAUAUCUGAAGUUCUUUGUGUUCACGGGGAUGAGCCUGGACCAGGCUCUCAGGUCCUUUCUAAAGGAGCUGGCCUUGAUGGGAGAGACGCAAGAGCGAGAGCGAGUGCUGGCUCAUUUUUCCCAGCGCUAUUACGAGUGUAAUCCCAACGCCAUCUCUUCAGAGGACGGAGCCCACACCCUCACCUGCGCCCUGAUGCUGUUAAACACAGAUCUGCAUGGACACAACAUUGGGAAGAGAAUGUCCUGCUCCGACUUCAUUGGCAACUUGGAGGGGCUCAAUGGAGGCACUGAUUUCCCCAAGGAGCUGCUCAAGGCGCUGUACGGCUCCAUCAAGAACGAGAAGCUGCAGUGGGCCAUAGAUGAGGAGGAGCUGAGAAAGUCCCUCUCGGAGCUGGCAGACCCCAACCCUAAGUCCAUCAAGCGCAUCAGCAGCUGCAGUAACCCCUUUCUGGACUUCUCCCAAGACUCCAGCAUCGCCACCUACAAGCAUGGACUGUUAGUGCGCAAGAUCCACGCUGAUCCCGACUGCAAGAAAAGUAGGUGCCUGGGGAGCCCACGGGAGGGACUCGGGGAGAGGGGGCACUGGUGAGCUCCAGAAACCCUAACGGGGAGCGGGGCAGGACGCACUACGUGACACCUGACUGAGGAGUAUAAGCCAGGGAAGUCGCUGGCGGAAGAGGAGCUGAAGAACGCUAUUAGCAUCCACCAUUCGCUUGCCACGCGGGCGUCUGACUACAGCAAGCGACCCAACGUCUUCUACCUCAGGACAGCUGACUGGAGGGUCUUCCUCUUCCAAGCACAGAACCCUGAACAGAUGCACUCGUGGAUCACGCGCAUCAAUGUGGUGGCAGCCAUGUUCUCCGCACCCCCUUUCCCUGCAGCCAUCGGCUCCCAGAAGAAGUUCAGCCGUCCGCUGCUGCCCAGCUCCUGCACCAGGCUGUCCCAGGAGGAGCAGGUGAAGAGCCAUGAGACCAAGUUCAAGACGAUGUCAGCAGAGCUGCUGGAGCAUCGCUCCUCGCUGCCUGAGAAGAAGGUGAAAGGCAAGGAGUACGAGGAGCUGAAGCAGAAGGAAGAGUACCUGGAGUUUGAGGUGAGCUGGGAGACGCCCCCCCCACUCUGCCCCCAGCCCCUCUGCCGCUGCCUGCUUGGCCAUCCUGAGUGA